GUGUUUCAACCAAGAUUAACUUUUACCGCAUCUCUUUGGACAGAAUAAUUUUUAAUUCUGAUGGCUUACGCAAGCUUAAUGGAUUUCACAGUGUGAAACAUCAACAGCAAAAUUGUCCUCAUGGCACGUACAUCAUUCAGUAUCAAUUGUCCAAAGUUGAUCCUAAAUUUAGGCUUGAGAAAACAUGGCCUGUUCGGCAUACAUCUAGAAGGACAUUAGCUAAUGAAGAGGCGGUGGACAAUGCAUUUCAAAUUUUACUGGACUCCGAAUUUUAUAAAAAAAAAAAAACGAAGAUCUCCUGACCGUUUUAAUUAACUACUUCGAAGAUACGUGGAUUGGGCGCUUCGACAGGCGCGGGCGUAA